GGUCACGGCCGGGAGGGAGGGAGCCGCCGCAGCUGCCGCCUCCUCCUCUGCCACCGAGCCCGGCCCGGCCCCGGGACUCGUCCUCGCCUGGGACUAGCGAGCCAGGCUGGGCUGGCCGGGCCGGCGCCCGAGGAGGAGGAGGGCGAGAGGGGCGGCGAAGGGGGUCGCCGCGGGAAGAGCUGGGUUGCCCCCAGACGACGAGCCAGGGCCCCGCAGCGCCGAGAACAUGAGUGAAAAAUUGAAUGACUGCUUGGAGGAGAUGGUGACUAUCAAGACGGAACCCUGCUCUCCCUGCCAGGAAGAGGAAUAUGGACAACUUUGCUCUGGAAAGGUUGACUCCCAAUCUGUGGACGUGGAGCCGAAAAAGCUGAAAGGAAAGCAGGAUUUGAUCAUGUCUAAAAGUUUUCAGCAAGUGGAUUUCUGGUUCUGUGAGUCCUGUCAGGAGUAUUUUGUGGAUGAAUGUCCAAAUCACGGCCCACCCGUGUUUGUGUCAGAUGCUCCAGUACCCAUUGGCAUCCCCGACCGAGCUGCACUGACCAUCCCACCUGGCAUGGAAGUGGUGAAAGAGCCCAACGGGGAGCGGGAUGUGCGCUGUGUGAGUGAGGUUAUCCCCAAAGGUCGCAUCUUUGGACCGUAUGAAGGGAAGCUCUCCAGUCAGGACAAGUCAGCAGGAUUCUUCUCUUGGCUGAUUGUUGAUAAGAACAACCGCUACAAAUCCAUAGAUGGGACAGAUGAGACUACAUCAAACUGGAUGAGGUAUGUGGCCAUAUCCCGAGAGGAGAGAGAACAGAACCUGAUGGCGUUCCAGCACAGUGAGAGGAUUUACUUCCGGACCUGUCGGGACAUCCGGCCAGGAGAGAGGCUGAGGGUCUGGUACAGCGAGGAUUACAUGAAGCGAUUGCACAGCAUGUCUCAGGAGACCAUCAACAGAAACCUCACAAGAGGAGAUAAAAAAUUACUAAGGGAAAGGUCAGAAAGAACUAUGGAAAACCAAGAGGAUAUGAGCUAUCCACUCGAGCUCACCACGUCAAAGCAAGGGAAGAACCCCUACAAGCGCAGCUUUGAAGAAGGUGUAUCUCAACCACAAACAAAGAAAAAGAAAAUAGAUCUCAUCUUCAAAGAUGUCCUAGAGGCUUCUCUCGAGUCAAGAAAAAUGGAAGAGCACAAGAUUCCAAAAAAUUCCACUCCUUUCACUAGAAAGUCCUCCAGGUUCCAUGCACAAGAUGUCUCAGAAAGUUGUGGAGCUGGUAUUCAACACACCUCUUCAAACCACAGUAGAAGCAGAAAUGAAGGUGAUUGGAAGGUCCCCCAUGGUUCCUCUUUCACCAUGUCCAAAGAAAUUGGCCUGCUGGAAGAUGAAGGUGAAGAACCUUUGUCAUUCAAAGUGAACAGCCCCACUGAUCUGUCUCUGGCAUCCACUCAAGAUGAUGCCCUCGAGAUUCCAACAACCUCAUUGUGUCCCAACUGUAUACGGUUAAAAAAGAAGAUUCGCGAGUUGCAGGCUGAACUAAAUAUGCUAAGAUCGGGCAAGUUAACUGAGCCACCUCUACUACCUCCUCAGGUACCUGAGUACCAAGCAUUUUCAUACCCCACAGCUUCGGAAAGCAUCAUGUCUGUUCCCACCAUCAUGGAGGAUGAUGACCAGGAAGUGGAUUCAGCCGAUGAAUCAGUUUCUAAUGACAUGAUAACAGCCACAGAUGAGCCCUCCAAGAUGUCUGCUGUCACUAGGAGGAUCCGGCGCUUCAAGCAAGAGUGGCUAAAGAAGUUUUGGUUUCUGAGAUACUCCCCUACGUUGAAUGAAAUGUGGUGCCACGUCUGCCGGCAGUAUACGGUGCAAUCUUCUCGGACUUCAGCCUUCAUCAUUGGUUCUAAGCAGUUUAAGAUACACACGAUAAAACUUCAUAGCCAGAGCAACCUCCACAAGAAGUGCCUGCAGCUCUACAGGCUCAGGAUGCACCCAGAGAAGACAGAAGAGAUGUGCCGAAACAUGACGUUGCUCUUCAACACAGCCUACCAUUUAGCUACGGAAGGCCGGCCCUAUUGUGACUUUCGGCCACUUGCAGAACUACUGAGAAAGUGUGAACUCAAAGUGGUGGAUCAGUAUAUGAACGAGGGAGACUGUCAAAUCUUAAUCCACCAUAUCGCUCGAGCUCUUAGAGAGGAUCUCGUUGAACGGGUCCGGCAAUCUCCCUUCCUCAGCAUCAUUUUGGAUGGGCAGAGCGAUGAUUUACUUGCUGACACGGUUGCAGUUUAUGUACAGUAUAUCAGCAGUGAUGGGCCUCCAGCCACUGAAUUCCUCUCUCUCCAAGAGCUGGGCUUUUCUGCAACCGACAGUUACGUCCAAGCGUUAGACAGGGCCUUUUCCUCCCUGGGAAUAAGGCUGCAGGAUGAAAAGCCGAGUGUUGGUUUGGGAGUAGAUGGCGCUAACAUUACUGCCAGCCUUAGAGCUAACAUGUACAUGACAAUCAGAAAGACUCUGCCUUGGUUGCUCUGCUUACCCCUUAUGGUACACAAGCCACAUUUGGAAAUAUUGGAUGCAAUUAGUGGGAAAGAGCUUCCUUGCUUGGAGGAGCUGGAGAACAACCUGAAGCAGUUGCUCAGCUUUUACCGUUACUCCCCAAGGCUGAUGUGCGAGCUGAGGGUCACGGCAGCUACUCUCUGUGAAGAGACUGAGUUCUUGGGAGACAUUAGAGCAGUCAAAUGGAUAAUCGGGGAGCAAAAUGUACUCAAUGCUCUGAUCAAGGAUUACCUAGAAGUGGUGGCCCAUCUCAAAGACGUCAGUGGCCAAACACAAAGGGCGGAUGCGUCUGCUAUUGCCUUGGCUCUCCUGCAGUUCCUUAUGGACUACCAGUCAAUUAAGCUGAUAUACUUUCUGCUGGACGUAAUUGCUGUACUUUCACGCCUUGCCUUUGUCUUCCAAGGUGAAUACCUCCUUGUGUCACAAGUAGAUGACAAAAUUGAGGAGGCCAUCCAGGAGAUCAGCAGGCUGGCAGAUUCUCCUGGUGAAUAUCUCCAAGAAUUUGAGGAGAGCUUCCGUGAAAGCUUUAAUGGCGUUGCUGUAAAAAACCUACGGGUGGCCGAAGCCAAAUUCCAGUCAAUUCGAGAAAAGAUCUGCCAGAAGACCCAGGUGAUUCUUGCUCAAAGGUUCGAGUCCCGCAGCCGGGCGUUCGUGAAAGCAUGCCAGGUGUUUGACCUUGGAGCUUGGCCGAGAAGUGCAGAGGAACUGAUGAGCUAUGGUAGGGAAGACAUGAUGCAGAUCUUUGAGCAUCUGGAGGCCGUGCCAUCUUUUAGCACCGAGGUCGGCAGAGAGGGCAUGGACACCAGGGGGAGUUUGCUCAUGGAAUGGCGAGAACUCAAGGUGGAUUAUUAUACCAAAAAUGGUUUUAAAGAUUUAAUCAGCCACAUUUGUAAAUACAGGCAGAGGUUUCCCCUUUUAAAUAAAAUCAUCCAGAUCCUCAAAGUCCUUCCCACCUCCACAGCCUGCUGCGAAAAGGGACGCAACGCCCUUCAGAGAGUGCGCAAAAACAAUCGCUCGCGGCUCACUCUGGAACAGCUCAGUGAUCUUUUGACAAUUGCUGUCAAUGGGCCACCCAUUGCCAACUUCGAAGCCAAGAGGGCCCUCGAUAGUUGGUUCGAGGAGAAAUCUAGCAAUAGUUAUGCACUCUCUGCAGAAAUGCUGAGCAGGAUGUCCUCCCUGGAUCAGAAACCAGUGCUGCAGAGCAUGGACCAUGCAUCAGAAUUUUACCCGGAUAUUUAGAAAUGAAUGCCUCUCAUUUAGAAAGCUGUUGAAUCUUUUUUUAAAAAAUCAAUACUUUAAGCUUUGAUAUAUUAUAUGAAAUAUAUAUAUAUAUUAUAUAUAUAUGUAAGUAUGUAAACCCCACACUGAAAAUGUAAACUUAUUUGAUGGAAGCUAAGAGGAAUUUUUAAGAAUGAGACAACACUUAACAUUUACUGACAUCUUCAACCGUGGCAGCUGCAAUGUAGGUGGCAACAUUUCAUUUCUUCAGAAACAUAUGUUGGGGCCAUAGUCUGCAUUUUCAAACUGGUUGGAUUUAUAAGCUAGAUGUGGCAGGCCAAUGUCAUCCUACUUCUCACAAUGCGUGUGUGUGUGUGUGUGUGUGUGUGUGUGUGUGUGUGUGUGUCUUAUUCUUUGCUGUUUUCCCUUUGUUAGUCAGCCGUUGAGCCAUUUCAGCCCUUUGCUUAUGUCAUGGGGUUUUCUGAGCCCUGUACGUACCUCUCGGAAUUCCUUUCCGGCUCCCCAAUUUCAUCUAGGUUAGGGUGGAUUCUCACACAUUCUUCUGAUGGUCCAGUUAACCUUUUUGUUUCUGUCCAUUACUCCUUGAUGCCCCUUUCUCUGUAUCACACACCAAUGGGCAUUUUCAGCAAAAGGCAAAUCUCCUGUGAAAAUUCUGCUUACAAGUCAUAUAUCUUUCAAUAUUGGUCGCAUGUUCAGAUGGAAAUAGCUUAAUGCAGAAGACGGGGAAUUUUGUGGGGGGAGGGUUGUUUUAUGCAUUUAUAUUUUUAUAUAGUAGGGGAUAAGAAAAUUAAUUAAACUCUUUACUGAAAACCCGGGCUGCUGUGGAAGCUAGAUAGCCAAUGAGUCAAAUCCCAUAAUAGGGUAGAGGCUCCAGGGCUUAAAAAUAUAUGUAUGCUAAUUUUAUGUUAUUUAUACUCAGUCUUUAUAAUCAUGAAUGGGUUGUGUCUUCUGUUUGUUUGGGGUUUUUUUAAUAAGUGAAAGAAAUGCCUGCUAUUUUUCUGUGGCAGGGGAUAUCAAUGCAAGAUCCAUCUUUGGUUGUUAUCACAUGGCAAGGUCUUUUUAGAGGUUCACAUAUCUUCCUUUGCCUAAGGUUUAAAGUUCCACUGUAUGGCAAAAGAAAAAUGGGACAUUGUGCAUAUUCCUGUGAAAGGGAGCAUAGUCUGGCAGACAUGUGAAAACUGGGAUUUACAGCUGAAAUCAUAAAUGCAUUUGUGGAUCUCUCUGUCUCUCUCUCUCUCUCUGUCUCUCUCUCUCUCUCUCUCCAAUUAUUCAGGUUAAAUAAUCCCAAAUGAGCACAAAUCUCCACUGCUGUUGUGAACACGCCCUGCCAAAUAUGCCAGAGGGCAAUGCCAUGACAAUACUGGAUAAUCACAGGAAUAAAAGGAACCCCUUUUGCCUAGAAAAACUACUAGGAUGGCAUGUUUCCAGAGGGACUAACCUCAUGCCAGUCUGCAUUAUUUUGGAAAUACAGCAAUGUUGUCAGUUACACUGAACCUUUCCAUAUUCCCUUACUCCACCCCGUUUUUCCCCCUAUCCCUUCCUAUUGGUCUUGGUGCUAAGAUAUCUCUGGAACCGUUGCUGCUAGAUGAUAGCUUCUCAUUUAUAUGAAUAUAUAUAUUUUUAUUUUUAAACAGUAUGUUUUCAGUGAUAAUGUAGCAUGUUGUUAAAGCAGUCUCAUUUAGGGUAUAUCUGCACCGUUGUCCUUUGCUGCGCCUUUUUUCAUUUCAGUUCAUCCUUCAUUGUCCCAGUAGUAAUCUUAGCAUUGUUCUUAUACAUAUGUGAUUCUUAUUUUCAGGACUCAAGGCUCUUUAAAAAACAACAACACCACAAACACUCACAGUAACUCUGAUGUGGUGUGCAAAGGAAGUAGGAAUGGAGGCACAGUGCCUUGGUGACUACUCCAUGGGAUUGUAAAGUAGCUGGAGUUGUCAAGGUAACUCAUUCUGGCCACCUCCAUACAAAAAGAGGAGGGGGAAAUAGCUGGAGAAAAUAGUGUGUUGUCUAUAAUAAAUGUACAACAUUAGCAUAAGAACCUUAUUAAAAAGAAAUGUGAUGAGGUAAAGGAGGGAUGACUGUGGUGGUGGGUGGGGAAGGUAGGUUGUGUAACAUAGCAAAUAUUUGUCCAGCUCAAUCGCACAGAACUUACUAUUUUAUAAAGCGAUUCUGAUUUCCAUGCAGCGAGGAGACAGGACAGAGGAAGCGGAAGACUUCCUGUGACAAUCAGUGACAGGAAACAGUAUGAGGUGCAGAUUGCACCAACUCCUUGUACAAAAAGAAAAACUGGUGCAGAUAUACCUUUAGUCACUUCCACUGCCCAGGGUUCAUGCACUGCCUUCUCACUCCUCCCACCACCUGCCCUACAUGCCCACCGUGAAAAAGCACAGAGAUCUGUGCCUUGUCUGUUUUCCAGUAGUCUUUCUCUCAACUUUGCAAGCAGUGUUUUAUGUUGGCCUUCAAAAAUGUAUUUUCCCCAGUAUCACCCACUUUGGGUUGAUGAUGGGGAAAGAGAUUGAUGCAGAGAGAAGGAAGCUGCUUUAGGAAAACUUAAGGCUGCUUAGUUUUGACCAUUUGUGAGUGUAUUUAUCGCACUAUGAGUAUCAACAGAGCUAUAAUAACUAAUGUAGAAUAUGUUUACGGGCCUGUACCAUAACAUUUUUCUAAGCAUGGCAACUACUGUUGUGAUUCACAGAGCACUGAUGUGACCAAAGGCAACUGCAUACCAUAGGCAUUAAGAGAAUAGCAUUAGCAAUAACAUUUUGCACCACUAAGGAGACUCCAUUCACCAGUGAUAAUUACUCCAAGUCAGCUGUUACCAUUCGCUGAAACAAGAGUUUGCUGUUUAUGCAGCAAAAAAUACAAAAUAAAAAUGGGUCACUUCUACUAUUUCCUUAUCAUCAAAGUUUUUUGGUCAUUUUAUAGGCCCUGAAAAUUAUCUGUUACAGUCACUCUCGUUCCCAUACAACCUGGUUAAAUAAAAUGUUUUAACUGGCUGAUUUUGAAAAAGUUCAAAAUAAAUAAGAAAGCACCUGGUAGAAAUAGUGAUAUACAUGGAUAAAGAUCAUUUGCAGGAUUUAGAAGGUGAUUUAUGCUUUGCAGUGUUCUCUUUCUAUGACUGGGUUCACACAACACACUAACCCAUCAUGGGUUAUCAUGUUGUUUGAAUGCAGUGCGUUUUCCAUAUGGUGGCUUGUUAACCAUGCAGUGAAGUUUAUUUUUCUUGAACAAGCCAUCUUGUUCAGAAGACACCAGGCGUUAACCACGGUGAAUAAGGCAAAAGCUUUAUUCACUGUAGUUAAAUCCAUGAUUUAAGAUGUCUUCAGAAUGGGGCCCUUGAGAGUCCAUGGCUUGUUGCUGGGUUGUUUAGAGUGGUUAAAAAGUCACACUGUGAGGUUAACAAGCAACCCUGCAGAAAUCACAUGGCAUUCAGACAACAUGAUAACCCACCUUGCGGGAAAAGCACUGUGUUUGAGCAUGCAAUAACCCACUCUGUGCUGUGUUCAGACAAAACGGUUGUUGUUCAACAACAACCCACAUUUGGGUGGGUUAGCUUGUUGUGUGAACCCAGACUAUAUGUGUUAGUGUUAUUGCAGAGUGAAUAGACUGCAUAGUCAAUCAUUCCAAAUCACAGUUUACAAUAAAGAAGAGACAUUUCUGAAAAAUCCACAUACAAUUUUUGAAACUAUGCCCCCACACAAAAACUAUGUAAUUUGCAUUUUACUUUGCCUCUUCAUUAUUCUGAACAAGAAUGGUUUUGCUAGAAUAUAGGUUAUCCUUAAACUCUGCCAAGAGAGUAAGAUGCUACUCAAUGUUCAUGAGCCCAUCUGAAUUUUGCCCCUUCUACAGUCAGUAUUUAUCUUUGCUAAAGACAAAGACAGGACAGCAAUUCUUGAAUCAGAUUUAGGCACAGAUCAUAAUGGGUUGCAGAAGGCAUAAAAUUAAAUCAUCUAUAGAAUCGGUAUGCAAUGUUCUAUAUGCAAAUGCCCCAAAAGGAAGAUUCGCAAUGACCAGAAUGCUAAGAAGAGGGAAGUACUUAAUAUAAGCUUCUCUGAAAGCUUUCCCUUCUCCCAUUUUAGGUUUUUCACAGCAGUCUGUGUAUGUUUGAAAAUUUGGCCAUGCUGUAACUAAGUCAGGGCACAAUCCAACUAAAUUAAGCAAUUUUAAGUGUUCUUGGUUUCAGUAGAAGCAAUCAUGUGCUUAUUUCACUCACAUUAAAAUUAGUGGUGCUUAACCUUAGCUGGAUCAUACUUUUACGUUUUCUGGCAAUUAAAAGAAAAAAAUUCUACUCUUGUGUAAAUACUUAAUGUAGUUUGGUCAAAAGUAGUCUGAAAUCUUCUAGGAGUCAGUUUACAUUUACAGUCUUAUCUCCGAUGUUACAAAAAUGUGAUGAGUAGCUGGGCUCCAGAAUUUCCCCACUAUAUAAUCUACCAUUUAGAGUCCCACGUUCUCAACCUUUGAUGGAAAUGUAUGCAAUAUUCCAUUUUUUAAGUUAUAUUAGUGGCAAAUUACAUCCGUUAAAUAUGCCAGUAUCAUUAAGCUCCUGAAACCAUUUUACGCCUGGUGACAGUGUUGCUUAUUUUAAUUAAAUAAAAAGAUAAGAAAUUCCUAGAAUAAAAUCCUAGCUAUGUUGAAAAUCAUUCCACUUAAGUGAAGCCAUAAUUUUCACAUCUAGUGUUCGCUAGGAGCACAGUUAGUUGCUUAGCCAGUUGCCUAGAAUCCAACCCAUAACACUAUGCAAAAUGGUAUGCAUCUGUCUCAUGCUGUAACUGAAAGAAAUCAUUUGAUAAAUGUUCUAAUGGACAAGAAUAGCAUAAGGAGUUAGUGAGCCUAUGAUCAAAUGAAACGUAUUUAGGGGAUCACAUCUUUUUGAUCAUAUAAUGACCUCCAGAGACAUGAAUGUCUACAGCCAGGUGUAUAAGAAUGCUGGAUGAGAAUUAGAGUUAAAAACAUUGUAUUGCUGGGUAAAUCAGAGUUGUGAAUCACAUUUUGGGGGGAGUGGGGCUUUCAGUAAUUGUGUUGAAUCAGACCUUUGCCUAAGCUAACUUAUGUUCUAGCUAUCUGUUUGGUCACAGUCUCGAAUCAGACCAAACUAAAGAGAGGCUGGGGUGGGGGAAUGUAAUGAAAAAUAGAAGACACUAGAGGGCAUCAGUCAUUAAAAUGUUUGUCGAUGCCUAGGGCUGGGCAGCAGAAGAGCAAAGAGAAGCACUCCUAUGCUUGCUGGCAAUCGCUUGGAUGGUACUUAUUCAGAAUCCCUUGUACAGGUUUCUCCUGCAGUGAGGAGGAGAUAAAAGGGGUCAAGCUCAAAAGUAUCCAGACCUGGGAAACCAAAUGAAUCAGGCAUCCUGUUGCAUACAGGCAAGAGGUUAUCGUUAUGAAUGUGUGAUCUCUUACAUCUCUAAGUGAUAAAAGAGGUACCGUUGGUAAUCCAAUGUUUCUAUCCCGCUCACCAUCUGACUUUGAUUAAUCUGUGCAUAUCUAUCUCCACCCCUUGACUUCCUAUGGAGACUUUUAACUCGAAUGGGAUCUGAGUGCAGAUUUCCCAGCUCUCUUUUAACUCAGGCUCUUCUACAGGUGUAUGCUUCUGUUUGACAGAAGCGUACUAAGCACACGCUGACGUUACCUUUCAUGCCACCUGCCAGUGGUUCAUGAGAGCCAGUUCCUAUGGCCAGCAAAGCAAACACAACAGGGAUUACAGUCACAAAACAGGAAAACAAUGCUCUUCCAACAUCAGCAAACGAGAAUGCAAGCAUGUGCUCUUACAUCAAGCAUUGGAGCUGAUCUUUGCGUUGAUUGUACCUGCUGCUUGCACUUUUGCUGAUAUGGGUUCCCAACUACCAUUCAAAUAUUUUGAUCCCACAGCAUAAAUGUCCCCACCAAGCGGUGUUUUGACUAAUGUUGUUUCUACUAAUAAGCUGGGGCUUACAUUGGUGUAGCGAAGAGCUGGGUCGCCUAUAGGUUUAGUCAGAAUCCCUCAACUCAAAACAACCAAAACAUCUCUUAAUCAGUAUUAACACGGUACUCUGUCCCCCAGCCAUUGGACUCUGGUAAUAUCUAUGCAAUUCCUGUCUCACUUUGGUGGCAAAUAAAAUGACUCCGCAUGAAACCUGGUUUAUGUACGCAAUAUCUACUUGUGUAAGGUGCAAUCUAAAGAAAUCAGUGGGACUUAAGCCUCGAAAAUCCUGUUACUUACAGUGGGAAUUCAGCACACACAACUGUCUCUGGAUUGCACUCAUUGGGUCAGAUCCAGCUAAAGUCAAGCACUUUAAAGCCCCAUUGAUUUCAAUGGGACAGAGAGUUGAGCACUCGCUCAAUUCUCCCAUUGAAAUCAGUGGAACAAAAGACUUUAACUUUGGCUAGACUAUGCCCAUAGUCUCUAUAUGGCAUGUCAACAUGUAAUAAUCCAUAUACACACAAUGUAAAAAAAAAUAUGUAUCCACAUGCCUAUAUAUCACUAUAUAAAGAAAAGACUAUAUAUUUAUAUAUUUCUAUGUUUUCAAUAGAUAUAAAUAUGAAAUUGAGAGAGAACUGGCUGCUGUGGUGCAAAGGCAGGCCCUUGUGUUGAUGUGAGAGGCAUACAGCCCUAAAGAAAACAAGUCCUCCGGUCUUUUAGUAAGGUUAGAAGUGUGGCUUUUAGUCUUACCCUGAGGUCUGCCUAGAGAGAGGGUGAGAACUAUCUAGUGAAAAGUAUUUUGCUAUGGCUAGGAAAGGGAAUGCUUCUACUGGCAUGGAUGAUAAUGUGUUAAAAUAAAGACUGUGUCACUAUAGUGGAACCAUCUUGUGGUGGAUGAGGCUGAAUACUAAACUGUUGGUGUUACAUAGACUGUAGUGUCUGUGUUCCCACUUCAACUUAUAUCCACACCAUCUGUGCACUUUCCCCCUCUGCUUGUCUUGACUUAAGGACUGCAGAUUGAAUACAACUUGUGUUCUGGCCUGGUUGUUGUGGCUUGGUUGACAGCAAAGCAAAAUAGGUCUGAUCCACUUGGGAGUGCACUCCGGGCAUUCAGUGGUGUGGGGGCAUAUCUCAUCGAUUUCAGAGGCACUUGCGCUCAUGCAAUGAGUUGUAGGAGUGCAGCGUUUGUUUGUAGGUGGAACACAGGACUUGAAGAUGAGGGCGAGAAUGGUAUAUGGACAGGGAUGUAGCAUAGGAAUAAAGCUCUGAGUGCAAUGUUUAAUCAGUGAAUGUAUUUAGCUGGGGAGUUUUGCCACUGGUGUUCCCCGUCCAUGCAGUUGCAUUGCUGUUCCUUAGCUACUACCAUCCUGUUUGGUUACCUUUCAAGGAGCAGCUACUUUUUCAUUGUUAACUGAGCAAACCAGCUGACCGGCUAAAUGGCUGUCAGGGUGGAUAGUGGGCUUGUAAUCAUCACACAGAUAAUACUGUAUCCUGAAUGGAUUUCCAUAGUCUUGGCUUGAGGCAUUAUGACUGAACCACUCCAUCAAGAUAAUGUUAAUGUGAUUAUAUCCUUUGAAUAUGAAUGGCAGAUUCAUGCUUUCAUUACAGAUCCAAGCCACAGUUUUCACUGCUGGUCCUUUAUGAAAUUUGUGCUGACAGGUCUUUGAGCUGGACAAGGCCUUUCUUUGCUCGGAUUUAAACAAAGCCAUUCAGAUUCUGCAGCUGGAAAUUAUUUUGUGCUCGUAAAA